UUCCCGGCGCGAUCGGUUGGCGGCAGUGGUGUUGGUCACGUGACGUCUAUCGACUCCGUGAGGUUUGUGUGACCACGAGGUUUUUAUUUUAUCCAUAAUUCUAAUUUCGCCGGAUUAUUUAUAACACACACAUAGUGGAAUUGUUACGAUGCCCUCAAGUAAUCCGUUGCCGCCAAAAGAAAAUGCCUUAUUUAAACGAAUAUUGAGAUGCUAUGAACAAAAGCAGUACAAAAAUGGAUUGAAGUUUGCCAAACAAAUCCUCACCAAUCCAAAGUAUCAAGAACAUGGAGAAACCUUGGCAAUGAAAGGCCUGACAUUGAAUUGUCUAGGCAGAAAAGAGGAGGCAUACGAGUAUGUACGAAGAGGGCUGCGAAAUGAUUUACGCUCGCACGUGUGUUGGCAUGUAUACGGUCUUCUACAACGCUCGGAUAAAAAGUACGAUGAGGCAAUCAAGUGCUACCGCAAUGCGCUCAAAUGGGAGAAGGACAACAUUCAAAUCCUGCGCGAUUUGUCCCUGCUGCAAAUACAAAUGCGCGAUUUGGAAGGAUACAGGGAGACCAGGUACCAGCUGCUGAUGCUGAGAGCCACUCAAAGAACUUCAUGGAUUGGCUAUGCCAUGUCCUAUCACCUUUUAGGUGAUUAUAAGAAUGCACUGAUUAUAUUAGACACUUUCCUGGAUCAGCAACCAAAGGGUAAUUUUGAUUAUGAACACAGUGAGCUCUUGCUCUACCAGAACCUAGUGAUACAAGAGUCUGGCGAUCUGCAAAAAGCCUUAGAUCAUUUGCAAAAGAACGCCGACCAGAUUGUUGACAAACUCACCUGGAAAGAGAAUCUUGGUUCAUUGCAUCUGCAGUUGAAGCAGUUUUCUGAUGCAACCAGGAUUUACGAAGAGCUGAUUCGGCGAAAUCCAGAGAAUACUAUUUACUACAAGAAGUUGAUUGAAGCCAAACAACUGACGAACGCCAACGAUAUUGUUAACUUCUAUCUGGAUUAUUCAGAGAAGUUUCCACGCGCGAUGCCACCGCGUAGACUUCCACUGAAUUACGCUACCGGUGAGACUUUCAAGUCGCAAGUGGAUAAAUACAUGCGUCGCGGGUUUACCAAAGGUGUCCCGCCGCUUUUCGUCGAUCUCAGAUCCCUCUACACCGAUCCGGCAAAGGUUGCAAUCAUCGAAAGCCUUCUUCUACAAUAUGUGGAUUCAUUGAAGAGUUGCGGAAAGUACGCGGAGUCUGAAAAGAAUAACGGACCACGCGAACCAGCAUCCGCAUUAUUAUGGGUAUAUUAUUACCUUGCUCAACACUAUGACUAUCUAACCAACACUGAUAAGUCACUCAGUUAUAUUACUUCGGCCAUCGAGCAUACCCCGACACUUAUCGAACUGUACGUGACUAAAGGUCGUAUUUUCAAGCAUGCCGGUGAUGCGGAAGAGGCGUACAAGUGGUUGGAUGAGGCACAAGCCCUCGACACUGCCGAUCGCUACAUUAACUCCAAAUGCGCCAAGUAUAUGCUCCGGGCGAAUCAUAUUAAGGAAGCAGAGGAGACCUGCGCUAAGUUCACACGUGAAGGUGUUUCUGCGAUGGAGAACUUGAAUGAGAUGCAGUGCAUGUGGUUCCAGACGGAGUGCGCGUUGGCUUACCAAAGACUGGAGCAAUACGGCGAUGCCUUAAAGAAGUGUCAUGAAGUGGACAGACAUUUUUCGGAAAUCAUCGAGGAUCAAUUCGACUUUCAUACAUACUGCAUGCGUAAAAUGACAUUACGAUCGUAUGUUGGCUUGUUGCGCUUGGAGGACGUCUUGAGGGGGCAUCCUUUUUACUUCAAGGCUGCACGAUGUGCGAUUGAGGUCUACCUGCACUUGUUUGAUUCACCAUUGAAGGAUGAGAGUGCCGAGCAGGAACUUGACACUGAUAACUUGGCGCCAUCGGAAUUGAAGAAACUACGCAACAAGCAACGCAAGGCACGCAAGAAGGCCGAGCAGGAGAGUGCGCAGGCUGCACAGGCGCAGGUGAAGAAGGACCAGCAUCAUAAAUCACGCCAGCAAGGCGAUGUGGAAGCUGACGCACCGCAACUCGAUGAAUUAAUUCCUGAUAAACUUGCAAGAGUGGACGAUCCUUUGGAGCAGGCCAUCAAAUUCCUGCAACCAUUGCAAACGCUGGCGGGCAAUUGCAUCGAAACGCAUCUUAUGGCAUUCGAAGUGUACUAUAGGAAAAAAAAAGUACUGCUAAUGCUGCAAUCCAUUAAGCGCGCGCAUAAAUUGGAACCGAACAAUGCGAAAUUGCACAGUUGCUUUGUCCGAUUUUGUAAUUUCAUGAAUCAAAACAAAGUCGAGCUGGACCCCGCCGUUGCAGAGGUGCUGAAAAAACAAAGCGAAACCCUGUUCAGUGCGAAGGAGGCGAAGCAACUGAACAACGACUUCCUGGAUAAGAAUUCGAGUUCGAUGCAGGCCGUUUUGGAGGGUGCCAAGAUGGUAUACUUUUUGGAUCCUAAGAACCAGAAAACUGCCCUCAAUCUGAUUUGUAGUCUUGACAAUAAAUUUAAGGAUGUAAAUAUUGAAAAUUGUAUAAAUGUUCUAACGGCAUUGAAGCAGGGCGAUUUCGGCGAAUGCGAAGCCAACAUAAACGAAUUCAAAACAAAAUGCAAUAAACUUUUCUCGCAUUGUUCCGACUUUCGUGCGUCGGACCAAGCCGACGAGAGCAAUCACAAACAUCAAGGAUCAGAUACGUCGCCGUGCGACUGCCAGAUAGUCAAUGAUGAUCAAAUCAUGUCAUUUAACAAUAAAUAAUAGAUAAGGUUGCAUUAAAACGGAACAUCUUUGCUAAAUCAUGGAUAUUUUGAAAUGUUCUCAUCAGGCCUUUGUAUCGUUUAUCCAUCAUCUCAUCGAAUUGAUUGCGAUUUACAUGGAUACAAAACGUUGUGGUAUAUAGUUUUACCUCUGCGACUUUAACAAAUAAAUUAUUAUGUUAAAACCAUAAUUACUCCCCGAACACGAGGGAUAGACUAUUCAUUAAAGGAUUAAUAAAAUAAAAUUGAUACAGAAGGAGUUUCACUUCCUAUGCAACUCAUUUAUCAUACUGCACUAACAACAAUAUUUUUACUUGUUGUAUUUACUUUUUUCUUGUCUCCGUUUCAUAUCAGAUACAACAAAAUCGAAGAAAAUGAAGACACCAAUUAAUUUUUCACUAUUUUGAUGUUUUAUUUGACGGUUAUACUAAAAUUGUAAAUGUUUAUUUGUAGUUAUUGUUAUUGCUAUUUCAAUCACCAUCUAUUUUGUUUAUAUGAAGAAUUAAAUACCGAAUUGCGAUUUUGGUGAUACGAUCAAUGUAUUUAUGGCUCUGACGUUGUAAUAAUAGACUUUUUUACAUUACAGUGUGUGUACAUGUGUGUUUGGGGUGUGUGUGUUCUUGGUAUAAAAGUUUAUUUGUAAUAAAAUUUAAUAUAGGAUUUACUAAGCAA